AGGGUUACAGACUUGAGGAGGCCCGGGGAUAGUCUUCGGAUUCUGUCACGACAUGACAUGUGCACGUGAUUGGAUCAUGAUAUCAGACACCAGAUAUCGAUUCCAGCCAAUAGAAUUCACGAUAAGAAUUGUGCACUUUCCUUGCCAUGAAAAAAUCUGCUGCAAUAGUCAAUUUUUUGUGACACAUGUUGCAGCCAGGAGUGGUUGUAUUAUUUUCGGAUUUCCGCUAUGUUGGUCUUUGGUUGAGGAAAAGGGAGAAGAGUGGUUCUUGAGAGAAAAUGUGGUCGAUGGCGCGAAGUACAGAUUUUAUAGCUGAUCUUCGAUGCAACGUAUGAUCGAUCCGACAGCUCAAUUGGAGAGCAAAAAUCAAAGUUGUCGCUGUUUAAGCGAGAUUUUUGGCUCCCAUUCAAGUUAUCUUGGAUUAGAACAGAAAUCAACCAGUUCCAUUGUCAUGAAUCGACAAAUUUUCAAUGUGGUGUUAGCGAGGACUACAUUAAAAUAGCCACACAUAACUGAGAUAAGUGCGUGCUCAAGGCAGUGUUAUGGAAGCGGCAUAUGUUAUCCGUAUCCCAUGAAAUUAAUUUUAUCCGGGGAAAGUGACGGGUUUUACGGUCGUAGAAGCUUUGGAUACUGUAAUACAUUAUGGGUUUCAAGUUACCAACACGAUAUUUUCUUUUGUGUACAUUUUUGACGUUUUCAUUUUGGGCUUCACUCAAUGUCAUGUCUUUCAUGUACGUGGGAACAAGUGACAAAUUAUACGAAAACCGGGGCCAUGGGAGACAUCUACAGAACGACAGUCCAACAGACAAUUUUGAAGGAGAGAUGGGACAGGAAAAAGAUAUUAGCACUUUGGGUUUAAUUCGAAACAGAGAGGAUCAGAAGGUUAGAGAAAAAGGCUACGAGAAGCAUGCUUUCAAUGAACUUAUCAGCAACAGGUUGGGAUUUCAUCGUGAAAUACAAGACACAAGGGACAAGUUGUGCCAGUCGAUGACAUACUCUUCAGAUUUGCCAUCAGCCAGUAUUAUUAUUUGCUUUCACAAUGAAGCAUGGUCUACAUUAUUAAGAACUAUUCACAGCAUUCUUAACAGGACAUCAGAAAGUCUAGUACAUGAAAUAAUUCUGGUCGAUGAUCUUAGUACUCUAGAGGAAUUAAAAGAGGAACUUGAAAACUAUGUGGCUAAAUUUCCAAAACUUCAGCUAGUUAGAACGUCCAAGCGUGAAGGGCUUAUCAGAGGGAGAAUGAUAGGGGCGCGGCAUGCGAUGGGUGAGGUGCUGGUCUUUUUGGACAGUCACUGUGAAGUGAAUAAGGAGUGGCUUCCUCCACUUCUGGAGAGAAUCAAGGAAAAUCCCACAACAGUGGUUUGUCCAGUAAUUGAUAUUAUCAGCUCUGACACAUUUGAAUACCAGUCGUCUCCUUUGGUGCGUGGAGGAUUCAACUGGGGUCUUCAUUUUUCAUGGGAACCAGUGCCGAAACAUUUGCUUGUUAAACCUGAAGACUUUGUGCAGCCCAUAAGGUCUCCAACCAUGGCUGGAGGUUUGUUCGCCAUGGAUCGGAACUACUUCAACCAACUUGGUCAAUAUGAUGAAGGAAUGAACAUCUGGGGUGGUGAAAAUUUGGAGAUGUCAUUCAGGAUCUGGAUGUGUGGUGGGACCCUUGAGAUCAUCCCCUGCUCCAGAGUCGGACAUCUGUUCCGCAAGUGGCGGCCUUACGGAUCGGACUCGCAAGGUGACACCAUGUCUUAUAACUCCAUGAGAGUAGCUGAAGUCUGGCUUGAUGACUACAAGAAAUACUUCUACCAAACAAAGAAAAAUUUGAUGGGAAGAACAUUUGGGAAUGUGAGUUCUAGAGUGGCAUUAAGAAAGAGGUUAAACUGCAAGGGUUUUAAGUGGUACGUGGAGAAUGUCUAUCCUGAACUGAUGCUUCCUCAAGAGGGUGGAGGUGGGGCUGGUGCCACUUGGAAACAAUCAGCGCAAAGAAGCUCUGUGAUUACAAGGAAGGGAAAUCUUCUGAAUGUAGGCAGCUUGACCUUGUGUCUUGACACACCUGGUCAUUCAAGUGAAAAGAAAGCAUCUGUUCUGCUACAUGGUUGCCAUGAAACUAACGCAAAGUUCUGGUCUCUAAAUCAAGACAAUGAGUUAAAGAUCGAUAGUUUGCUUUGUCUGGAAGUCACGAGACAUAGCAAGGUGCCGAAAGUCAUGAAGUGUCAUGGUCAAGGAGAAACUCAGGAAUGGCGACAUAAUAAGAAGACUCUUCAGCUGUACCACACAGCGUCUGGUUUGUGCAUGGCCUUGGUGGGAUCAUCCUCUGUGAAGAUGGAGAUCUGUGAUGACACAGCCUCUCAGAAAUGGCAGUUCAGUUUUGAUUGAAGGCAUCAGAGAUUAUUUAUUUGAGUCAUAGGUGAUACUGAAGACAUGUAAAGAAAUACACAUGUAUAAAUUUCAAUCAGGGGGCAGUUUGCCAAGAUUGCAAAGGCCUCAAGGUUGAGGAGUUGUUAUUGCAUAAGGAGAGCUCCUGGACCAAACGGUACACAGAAUCAAACUUUGAAGCCUCUUACACAGAUGUCACAGUACAUGAAUGGUAAAUUGCAAUACAGGAUUUGCUGAUAGACUCACAGUCCUUUUAACUCCCUCAUUAGUUCGUCAAGACAUGUGAAGGCAAUAAUAAACUAAUGUAAACUGGGGGAUGACAUGCAUAGAUUUUUUUUGUAGGAAUCGGACAAUAUCUAGUUGUACAAUGUACAUGCUGAACCAUUGUAGUGGGCUGUAAAACCGUGUGGUUCCUAAGCUCUCUAUGAAUAUUUUCUAUCUUACAAUUGCAAUCAUUUCAUGACAGUUAGAACUUGAAUUUUAGUUACCUUCUACUACUGCAUCUCUUUGCAUUGAUAUGCAGUUUCCUCAAAAUGUCUUGGACAGGUUUCACAUUCCACUGGCCACAGUGUAACUAUAACUACAUGUUGUUGCCGACAAUGGCAUUACAUUGCGUGACAGACAUUGAAAUGUUAUCUUUGAGGAAAUCUGGACUAACUGAAUGUAAGACUUGCUAAGUAUUGCCCAAGUAAUGUUUUGUAGAGUGAGACACAUUGAGAACCGUAGUAGGAUUGUGAUUGUGACAUGAUAAUUUUAACAGUUCUGUGAUUAAUUUGGUGGGAUAUGUAGUAGGCUUGUUGUAUAAGCACAACCACAACUAUUAGGCUGGGGGGGAACUCUUUGGGGUGAAGAAUUUAUUUUGAAGUCAUGCCCACAAAACAGGGGAUUGGUACCUCUUAGGGGUUCUAUUCAAAAUUUCCAAUAAGCACCCCUGUCCACUUUAUAUGGGAGUUCCCCUGGGCUACUAGGUGACCUGUGUUCUUGUGACCUGCAAAGAACAAAAACCUUCCCUCUGCCUUGCAGUUUCUAUUAUUUUUCUCCAAAAAGUGUUCUUUAUGACCCUUUGAACCAAAGGCAAAAAAGAUAUUAAAAAAUGAAUUGAAUUGUAGUGGUAGUCAAAUUAAAUUAUUUUUCGUUUUGUGUGAAAUAAAAUUUUAUACUUUAAAAUAAAUUAAUGUGAUCAACAUCACAGAUAGAUAGUCAUUGUCAGUAUUAACAAAUUGAAGUGGUCAUGAAUGGUGGAAAAUUUGUGACUCAAACUCUUUGCCUACUUUAGCCUCAAAUAAUGAUUGUUGCAUCUGUUUAAAGAAUAGUUGUGAGAUCUAUAUAAAUGAAUAUUUUGAAAAUAAUUUGUGUAAGAUAUCACCAAUUAGAAUUACUUUCUUGCAGUAAGACAUUAUAAAGUAUUGUAAAAAGUUAAUUGUCAAAAUUAUGGCAAAUUGAAGGCCUAGCUCACUGACUGUGCGAGGCCCUGGCCUGUUGAAUAAACAUUGACCAAUCAAUC